AUGCCAACGAACAACAUUCAAUCCAACAAAAACAUUUACAUCUUGGCAACAAUCUCUGAAGCAUUGGAGUGUACAUCUGUUUCUGGAGUGAUGACUCUUAGACUUGAUACUACUAUAAAAGUUAGAACAUUUCAGUGGAGAGAUUGCUUGCUAGAAAUUGGUGAAUCCUGUGCAGUCAAAUGGAUUAUCCGUAAUUCUAACAAGCAACCUACUGAUAUUACUGCUGAAGAAGCCAAAGACAGUGGUAUUAAGAUGUGCUUUUCCCAGAAGUAUUUGUGUCAUCAUGCUGGCACUUAUGAAUCCAAGGCAGCCAUAAGAGUAGUUCAGAAACGAACUAAGAAAAAUAAGUGUCCUGCUCUUCUUUGUGUCAGAGGAUUCUCAAAGACGUCAGAGUGGUAUGAGAUAACUUGGACAAAAUAUCAUACUGAGUAUACUCCUGGUGAUGUUCAUGAAGAUAUCUAUACUCUUCCUCUUGCUAAGAAAUAUCUUCAUGAGCUGUCCCAACAAUUAGAACAGUCAUCCAAAUCUGCUAGCCAGAUACAUAUUGAUAUGCUGAGAGCUAUUGAUAGAUAUGUGUUUCCCAAUGAAGUAUUAACAUCGAAAGUAAAUGUGUUUAUGAGUUAUAAUUAUGCUUAUAAUAAUUCACUGAUGUAUCACAUAUUAUGGUGA